AUGUACUGAUUCCUCCAUGAGAACGUAGUGAAGUUCCCAUAACUUACGAUGUUAUAACAGAAUUGUCAUCAGACUCCUGUGACGGAACAUAUGUCUUUUUGUCUGUCGCUGGACUUGUCUUGGAGAUUCUGCUGUGGACCAAGAGGCAUCUCUCUAUUCCCUCUUAUCUUAUCUAGUCAAUCAAUGAAUGCAGACCGGUUCUUGAAACUCUGUUGGCACGCCAGAACAAGAUAAGGAAUGUGUGAGCUUUGCGCCUGAAAGACCUUGAUCCCCUACGCCAGGGCAUGCUGAUAAGAAUUUCAACAAUCGAUUCCUGUGUGUGAGACUGAAGCUAACUUUUAAGAAGGAACCUCUGAGCACAGUGAAGAGUGUUUAGCAGGUUUUGUUUCCCAAUCCCCUGCAAAUAGCAAGAACUGUGAAUACUGUUUCCACACCCACAUCUAAUGAUUAUCCUGGUUCGGACUCCACUACCAGAUUUAAAAACAUAUCAAAAUGGCGCCAGAGCCACUGGAUAUCUCUGAGCAUGAGUUGCUCUUCAAAGCAACCAAUUUAUCCAAACUGGCCUCCAUAGAUUUGUUGCAGGACAGGUCAAGAGUUGAAAUAUUUGCUGAGUAUUGUGCUAAGAAGCGAGAACCUGUUUGCGGUCAGUUUUUGAACCUGUUAAAUGGAUCUGAUGGAUUCAUUGUGAAUAUGUCUGCCAGAAUAAUCGCCAAGAUUGCCUGUUGGAACCCAUCUGCCAAUUGACUUGACAGCUCUGAUUUCACUUUUACCCGAAUUGGUUGAAUGGACAAGUAAAAUUAAAUGAGAGGACUUCUUUUUGUCGGGAGAUGCUU